CCGUGUCGGUGCCGGUGCCGUGCCCACGCUGUAGCCUUACCGCGUUUAUCUGCUGUUGCAGGGUUCUGUUCAGCAGUGAUCAGCAGCUGGAACCAUGGCCGCUGCCAGCGGGGAUCCCGGGGAUCCCGGGCUCUCCAAGCUGCAGUUUGCUCCCUUCAGCAGUGCCUUGGAUGCGGGGUUCUGGCACGAACUGACCCAGAAGAAACUCAAUGAGUACCGACUGGAUGAGACCCCCAAGGUUAUCAAGGGCUACUACUACAAUGGUGAUCCUUUGGGUUUGCCAGCUCGCUUGACACUGGAGUUUAGUGCCUUUGAUAUGAAUGCUUCAAUACCAGCACGCUGCUGUCCUGCUUUUGGAACGUUGUAUAACACCAACACUUUUGAGACUUUCAAAUCUUGUGAUAAGAAAUCACUUCUGGACAAAGAAGCAAAUGAGAUCUGGGAAUCAAUCAAAUCUGGAGCUGCUCUGGAGAACCCAAUGCUCUUGAACAGGUUCCUGCUGCUGACAUUUGCAGAUUUAAAAAAGUAUCAUUUCUAUUACUGGUUUUGCUACCCUGCCCUCUGCUUCCCUGAUGGAAUUCAUAUAACUGAGAAACCUGUGUGUCUUGGGGAUAGGUUCUCACUAAAUCAGAUUCAAGCCCUGCAGAAAGCAUACGAUGACCUCUGCCAGCAGGAGGGGGUGACAGCCCUGCCUUAUUUCUUAAUCAAGUACCAUGACAAUUCUGUCGUGAUAUCCCUGCUAAAAAAGUGGGAUGGCUUCUUUCAAGACCAAGGAGGAAAGGUGACAGUUGGAGUUUAUGAUCCAUGUAAUUUAUCCCAGUACCCAGGAUGGCCACUGAGAAAUUUCCUGAUCCUGGCAGCCCAGAAAUGCAGGGGCAAUGUUCUCCAGAGGAUUGAAGUGCUCUGCUUCAGAGACAGGACCAUGCAAGGGGUGAGAGACAUCACACACAGCAUCAUCUUUGAAAUCAAACUGCCAGAGAGACCCCUGGGCCCAGAUUGUCCAAAAGCUGUGGGAUGGGAGAAAAACCAAAAGGGAGGCAUGGGGCCAAGGAUGGUGAAUCUCAGUGAAUGCAUGGAUCCAAAAAGGUUAGCAGAAUCAUCCGUGGAUCUGAAUUUGAAGUUGAUGUGCUGGAGGCUGGUGCCUACUCUGGAUUUGGAAAAGAUUGUGUCUGCCAAGUGUCUGCUGCUGGGAGCUGGGACACUGGGCUGUAGCGUUGCAAGGACCUUGAUGGGCUGGGGGGUGAGGAAAAUCACUUUUGUGGACAAUGCAAAGAUCUCUUACUCGAACCCCGUGCGGCAGCCACUCUACGAGUUCGAGGACUGCCUGAGUGGGGGCAGGCCCAAGGCUCUGGCAGCAGCAGACAGGCUGCAGAAAAUCUUCCCAGGAGUGAGCUCAGAAGGUUAUAACAUGAGCAUCCCCAUGCCAGGCCACCCAGUGAACUUUUCUGAGGUGACAAUGGCCCAGGCUCAGAAGGACGUGGCGAAGCUUGAGGAGCUCAUUGAUGCCCACGAUGUUGUUUUCCUGCUGAUGGACACUCGGGAGAGUCGGUGGCUGCCUGCUGUCAUUGCAGCCAGCAAGAGGAAGUUGGUCAUCAAUGCUGCCUUGGGAUUUGACACUUUUGUUGUUAUGAGACACGGCCUAAAGAAACCAAAACAGCAAGAAUCUGGUGAUUCACGUUUCAGCAAUGCCUCUGCUUCUUCUGAUCUUCUGGGAUCCUCACUCUUCUCAAAUAUCCCUGGCUAUAAACUGGGCUGCUACUUCUGCAAUGAUGUUGUGGCACCAGGGGAUUCCACCAGGGAUCGGACACUGGACCAGCAGUGCACAGUCAGUCGGCCUGGAUUGGCCAUGGUGGCUGGAGCCCUGGCAGUGGAGUUAAUGGUUUCUGUCCUCCAACAUCCAGAAGGUGGUUAUGCUGUGGCCAGCAGCAGUGAUGACAGAAUGAAUGAACCACCCACUUCUCUUGGACUUGUUCCUCACCAGAUCCGAGGAUUUUUAUCCAGAUUUGAUAAUGUUCUUCCAGUCAGCCUAGCAUUUGAUAAGUGCACAGCCUGUUCAGCCAAGGUCCUUGACCAGUAUGAACGAGAAGGGUUCAAUUUCCUAGCUAAAGUUUUUAAUUCUUCACAUUCCUUCUUGGAAGACCUGACAGGUCUAACUUUAUUACACCAGGAGACACAGGCUGCUGAGAUCUGGGACAUGAGUGAUGAUGAAACAGUUUGAAAUCAGGUGGCUGAGGAGGAGGAGGAUGCCCUGCUCUGCACUGCAGCCCUGCCUUUUAUCUCUGCUUGGACAAGUUAAUGAUUGCUUUACCCCUCCUGGCUGCUGCAAAGACAAACAAACAGAACCCACGUUUUGCCGUGAAUAACUCCACUUUCAAAGCAGUCUCUUAUGGACACAACUCGCCAUGUUUUCAUUUUUAUUGUGUAAAUAACUGGAGCAAUGUGCUUAUGUUUAAACCUGCUCUCUUUCUUUUGGGUUUUGUUUGGGGUUUUUUUUUAAGUUUCUGAAUAUGGCUUACAUAUAAAAUAUGCUGCUUAAGCCAAUUUGGGUGGUUUGUUUGUGCCAGGUUUUAUUUGGCUUGUCAGUGGCCAUGUCCAAGCAGCAUUUCUGAAUGUCUUUGUUCAUCUCUCUCAGAUUUGGGGCACUUUAGUUGGAAUUUGUUAAGAUUGAGCAUUUUCUGCUCUUGGGAAUUAAAUUUCACAUUUAAAGGUGGGCAGGAGUGGGUAAGGACCUAAACCUGCUGCCUCUACCACAUGAAUUUAGGGUGCAGUUGUUCUGGAUGUAUCCAUGGAAUUGUUACUCCCUGUAAAGAUGUCAUCCUUUCAUACCUUGGAAACAAAGUGGUUGGACUGAUUUUUGCCCAGGAAAGACCAAAAUACAUUAGUAUCAUGGUUAGGCUCCCCUGAAGCUCAGAGAAGGCUCUGUUACACGGUUAAAAACUGCUUUAGGUCAUUGAUUCAGUCAAAACUUGUAGGGAAAUGCUUCACUGAAAUGAGAAAUUUGUUCUCUGACUUUGCUGGGUUUGGGUGUGGUCACGCAGAACCUUGCAGGAGUUCAAAAAGAGCAAAUCUCUUUUCCUUUUUGGUUCAUUUGAGUUUUUUCAGAGAUUAUGGCUGAGCACAAACAGGAGUUUGAGAAUCCUUGAGUUUAAAAAAUAGCUUGAGGAAAAAGGAGCUUUAAAAUAUCAAAGUACAUUACAGCAGUAUUGAAAGUGAAUCUAUUGGUCUUAACUUGGAAUAGGUUUUAGAAGGAAAUUUGAAAUCCCUUUCAUAGCUUUAUAUUGUGGGGUUUAUGAGCUAAUUCACUUAAAAAAAUGCAAAUCACUUUAUCUGCCAAGCAGCCUCUGUUUCCCAGAUAUGUUAGGAAAAUUAGUUGGUCAAUCCAAUUAUUUUAGUUCCUUCCUUAACAUAAGCUCAGAGGUUUUUUUUGGUUUUUUUUUUUUUUUUUGUAGAGAAUUUCCCAUCUUCUCUCUUAUGCCACCUCAGAAGAAGUUCAGUCAGGUCAAGGAUAUCUGCAACUCCUAUAUUCUGAUCAGAAAAGAAGAUUUAUUGAAACCUGCUGAGGUGUGCACCAAGUGUCUAAAAUAGCCAUUAUUGUCUAAAAUAGCCAUUAUUUCUAUUUAUUUAUUGUCAUAGUCAUUGUAUUUAUGUGAUUUCUUACGUAGGGGAAUGUCUAGCUUAGGUAACUUCAGUGUAAUAUAAAAUAUAUAUGAACUCAAUAUAUUUUAGAAAUCAGAGCUGGUAACCAGAACAAGUCCUCUUUUGGUGGCCAGGCACUGGACACUGAGAUUGACACCCUGCAAUGUACAUUUUUAAAGCACUUAAAGUACAUGAUGACUUUGGAGCCAUGUUUGUAGCCAUGCCAUAGUCCAGCUGGAGCCUUGGGUUGGUGCCAGGGCAGUUUAAACGGAAUAAUCUGCUUUUUUUAUCUUUGGGAGUUGCUGACCGUGGAGUGUGAAUGGCUCUGCAGUUUGGGGUUAUCUGCAACUUGAAAGCUGCACAUCUUCCUGAACCUGGUAAACAUUAAUAAUUGUUUUAAAUACCUGAAACUCUGCUUGGCCUGCUAAAGCUCCCUUGUAGCUUUGCUUGGGACGUGUCUGUGCAGAAGAGGAGGCAGAAAGGUCCAGAGCUCAGGGUUAAUGCAAUGUUUCCUUACCUCUCAUUCCAGUGCCAUCCAGCUCUCCCAGGCUGGGCUGUUUCCUGUCCAUGUGCUUCCCAGAUGUCCCUGAUGUGCAGAAACACUUCACUCUGGCUUGGAAUAACUUCCCUUGUCUCACUAGAACGUUGUUUUCUUUCUCCUUGCAGACCAGAAUUGUUCUCCUUUUGCACUGACUCAAUUUCUGGGCAUUUACUGAGUGACAAAUCCCGAGAAUCCAUUCCCAUGAAUGAAUGAAUGUACAUUCAAAUACUAACAGCAGAUAAAUACAUUUAUUUGCUGCCAUGUGUGCACUUAAUGCAGGAUUUCUGCACAGUCCCCAGCUCCAGCGUUUGCUGUUUAACAGGACAAGCUAAACUUUCCCUUUUUCAUGGAGAACGUGGGAUUUUAAUGUCAUUUGUGCUGCCAGGAGCUUUUCCCCCAUGGCACCAGUGAAGAACCUGAACUUUCACUGGAGAACCCAGCCAGGGCUUUUCUGGUGUGAACCAAAUCUGUUGGGAAGAGGGAAUGAGCAAUCUCAGAGGAUCCUGCUCAUAUUCCUCAACUAUCUAAUAGAAAUAUCCUGGCAUUAUAUGGCAGCCUGCAGCUGUGGCACCCACAGGCCUCACCUGGGGACAUUUAAUACUGUUAGAAGAUCUCAGUGGAGAGCUCUGACACCACUUUUGUGCUUGAGCAUUAAAGAAGCUCAUGGGAUGACAGCUUCUGUUGUGAUUUCACACUUCUACCAGCUGGGAUUUUGCUUCAGUGUCACCCCUGCAGUGUGUUCUGCUGGCUGAGGUUCAGAAUUUGUUACAUGAACGUAACACAUCCAUCAGAGUGAGGAAUUUGAGAUUCCGUAGGAGAGUUUUCUUUUUUGGAGCCCUGAGUUGCUCUCAUCCUUGCUGCUGUGUCCUGCUCUGUCCGUGGGGAAUGGAUUUCCCUCAGGGACACCUUGAACUGUCCUGGUGCCAUCCCAGCCACGGCCAGAACCCUUCCCAAAGUGGGUGUUUUGAGUCUGAAGCCUUCAGCACUGGGCUCUGGAAGGGAGAAAGGCACAAACGUGGAAACCACACUUAGAUCCAUGGAGGAAGAUUCAUGGUGGCCCAGGCAGGUUGAUUGAGAAGGUCAUCAGGGGUGGAACCACAGGAGUUCUAUUCCCAGGAAGCUGAUGGCUCCCAGGAAGCUGAUGGCUCCCAAGAACUGAAGAGAUUCUGCUUCAGUAGAUGUCAGCAGCGCUGGAGUUAUUUUGGCACAACAAAGGAAACUGCAGUGACUGCUCCAGGCCUUAAAAUUAUUGAGCUUGAGCUCGGAAAAAUGCUUUCCCUUGCCUGUGUUCUGCAUGGCUUUGGUACUGUGUCCUCAGAGAAGCCCAGUGAGGUAAACUAAAAUUCCCAUUUUGUCAUCUUUGAUCUUCUUAUUACCCUUUGUGUGGGUCCCUGCCCAUGGCAGGGGUGGCACCAGAUCAUCUCAAAGGUUCUUUCCAACCCUUUAGCAUUCUAUGACUCUAAUCUUGUUUCUUUGUAUAAAUUUUGGCUGCCCACCUUAAAUAGAUGCAACAGAAGUAUUUGCAAAAUGGAGUGAUUCUGCCAUCUAUAAGCACUUGUGCUCUUAUUUAGAAACCUCACUGAAAUGGGUUUUAUUUCUGAGCUUUGCUCUGUGGAAUCAAAUGACAGCAUGCGUUUCCCUCCUACUGAACAAAUUGUUCCUAAAUACCUGUUAACUUGCAUAACUGGGAUUGCUGAUGGAAUCUGAGAAGCAUUUGGUUGGAAAAGACCCUUUAGAUCAUCAAGUCCAAGGGUAACCCCAGCCCCUCCAAGCUCACCACUGCUGCUCCAUCCUCACCCUGCUCUGGGCCUGCUGGGCCAUGGUGAACUCGCCCAGCUCCCAACUUCCCGUUGAGUUUCUUCCCCUUUUUCAAGCCACCCCAUAAAACCAGUGUGAUUCUGAGAUGUGUUCUGGGAACAGACUUGGCUGUGCAGGAUUCUCAUGGAGGCCAGGGCUGGGUGAGGUCCCUGAGCUGAUGGUGAUGAAGGACACUGUGCCUCUCACAGAAUCUUUGGGAGCUGGGACAGAAUCCAUGAGGAUAUUUUUAUAUAGUUCCUCUUCAAAGCAUAACUAAAUUUUAGGAGUUCCAGGAGAGUCGUAGCUCUCCAUUCUUACGGGAAUAGGAAGGAUUGCUCACAUUCUUGCAGAAGUAAAUACAUUUCAAGCUGGCACAUACCCAGCCUGUCUGCUCCUUCCACGUGCUCCAGGCCAUUCCACGUGCCCCUGGCUCAGGGAUUGCUGCUCUGUGACUUUGCAUUCAGAGUGUACACAGGAAGAAGAGAGCAGGAGCAGCUCAGUGCUGGGAUUUUACUGCCAAAUUUCUUUUUAAAAUCAUUUCUUUUUUAAAUUUUUUAUUUCUUUUUAAAAUAAGAACGCAAGGCUUUCCUUAGGAACAAAUAAGCGUUUAUACUCCAAAGAGAGCCACUAAAGAAAUAUUUGCAACAUGGGAAAUUUAGCUGACUUCAUAAGAAACAGAGCCUGGAAGAUGUCUCCAGCCUGUUACCAUUUGGCUUCAUUAAUUCCUUUUUUUCUUUUUUUUUUAAAUUUCAUUUUCAGCGCAGCUGAUGUGCUCGUGCAUAUCCUGCUGGAAUGAAACUUUCCUUCCAGAGGCUGUUGUGCACCUUUGCUCUUCCAGAGCACCUGGAUUAACUGUUUUUAAAGGCAGAAAUACUACACUAGGAAGACUUUGGACUGUGCCAGGGUGUAAAUUCCUAACCUAUGAAAACCUUGCCUACCUGUGCCAUUUCCAGCUCUCCUUCCUUGCAGCUGCCUGGGCCUUCUCCAGAGCCUGACAGUGCUUCAAAACACCACAGAGGUAAUGCUUUAGGUUUGAAAUUCAUCUAGGCUUGCCCUCUCUAUUCCCACUUCAGCUUCAUCAUUUCUGGAAAGCUCAUUUUCUUACCUGUGCAACAGUUGGCAGGUUUGGAAUUAAAAACCCGUAACAGUUUAUUGACCUUUUUGCUCUCAUUUUACUUGUCUUGAUAACCUAUCAGUAAUAUCUCUGGGCUUUAUUUUCAGUUAUCCUGGGUCAAACUGUUCCGUUGCCAUUUUGAAGCGUUGAGAACCAGGCUGUGGCUCGUGCUCAUCUGUAGCCACCUCUCUCCUCAGGCCAGCAAUCCUCAUCCUUCCACCAGGCCAGGUUGUGGAGGAGUCCCUGGAAUGAGUCACUUGAGGAUUAUUUUAACCAGGCUGAAGCUCCUCCCAGAAGAAUUAACAGCACUAAGCCGGAGUGGCAAUGAUGUACUUUGAGUACCUUCAGGUAUUCCAUGUCUUUGGGCAGCAGUUUUUUCACCUAAUUUCCCAGUCCGGAUGAUCUCACCUCAGGAUGAGGAUGCAGAUGACUGCUCCAACCAUAUAUAAGUUCAAGCUGUAAUUGCAGCCCUCGCUAAUUAUAUUAUCUGCCUGUUGUGACUUCACCAUGGCACUUUCUCAAAUGCAGUGGAAUUAUUUAGGACAUUCUCUGAACAGAUUUUCAGAACCCACCAGUUGUUUGUCAGCACAAGUUCUUUCUGCUUAAUCAAGCCAGUGCUCCCUUGCCAUUGGAGCUCCUUGGGUUUAGGGAGAAAAGGCAUAAUCAGGAGCUCUGAAAACAGCCUGUGCUGUGUUUCCUGGCUGGCAGGGAGCACACGCUCCUUCCAUCUCCUGGAGCUCUCUAAAUGCCUGUUUCCUCCUGUUCUUUGCAUGGAUGUUUAUGUAGGACAUUGAUAGGAAGCACAAUGGGCUUUGUCUCUCGGUGAAGGUCACAUGCACACGUGCGUUUCAUUUUAAAUGGGAUAAAAGUUCAAAUCGCUUCUUAACAAAAUAUUUUAGUGAGCUAACAGGAAAGGACAGGAGCAUAUGUACAGGGCUGUGCUGCUCCAAAUCAAAAGCACGACUUUUCAAAAAUUAUUCCUUGUAAUUUCCCUCCUUUCCCGUCCAGUUACUUUCUGUUCUUACAUUCCUUGGCUGUGGGUUGCUGCUUCAGUAGUCUGAGCAUGCAAAAAUUCAGGCUUGUGCGUAACUUCAGUCUUUGGCACUGGGACGUUUGACUUUUGCAAGAUCUCAGCAGAGUGAUUCAUUGUUUGAUUUGUUAGUGAAAUACUACUCUGCACUACAGAAGUAGGAAAGGGGAGACAUUAAACUGGAGCUCUCUAGUUUUUUCCUUAAUUUCUCUUUUGGUCUAAUGGUCUUCUGGUGGUCUCCACUCUUCUCUCAGAAGCUGCAGUUGGUGCAUCCUGCACUGCAAGGUUCGAGGCGUGUGAAGUCUCAUUGCUGGAAUGCUUUUGUUUCCCAAAUCAAACCAGUGCGGGCUAAAGCUGCCUGGAGCAGAGCUGCUGGAAUUGUUUCCUCAUCGUGGCAAGGAAGACAGGCAAGAAGGAAGGAAGGAAGGAGAGAAGCUUCCAUGUCUGCUGCACUGAAAGCAUUUGGACUCUGAGUUUUGACAAUUUUUGGAGUCCUUUCUCUCCUCUUUUUCCUUUUCUCCCCACAUCCCCAGUGCCGCAGCCUCCCCGAGGGAGGGCUCUCAGUGACACGCACGUUCAUUUCCAGUGACAGACUUCCCACAAAUUACCGGGGAGGAACUCUAUAAAGCAGGCACGAUUUUCCUUGAGGUUUUUGCUUUGUCUGUGAGCGUCUUUAUUUUCAUUUCGUGCUUCCAAGGCUGACUUUUAUCCAGUAAUUCCGUAGGUGUUGCCACUUCCUCAGGAACCUGUGACUCAGGCGACGUUUAAAUGCCAUGACAUCACCGGCAGCUCCUCCUGGAAUUGCUGCUUUCCUAAAUAGGGCUCUUCGCUUCGCUUUGAGGUUUUUUGUGUGUGAGGGGGGAGGGAUGAGGGGGUUUAAUUACUUAAGGCAGCCCUGCCAUUCAGAGGAUCCAGGGUUUAACCUUUUGAAUUGCUGAAAUUGCCAAUGUUACUUAAAAUGGGAGAGCCAUAUUUAUACAUUAGCUCUUUAUGAAUGAAAUCACGGUAAUUAGGCCUUUGUAGAAGUUCUGCUGUUGUAAAUCAGGCUUAAUUCACUCCUGGUGCGGAGAGGGCAGCAGCUGAGGGGAGGAGAAGGUCUUGAGCAUCGUUUUCCAUUAUUAUUUGGGAAGCAGCGCAAACAAAAGGUGUCUUUGCACGCUGGUGGGCAGUGCAGUGGCUCUGCCAGCAGCGUGUACCUGCAGCACAGCAGACGCAGGGCACAUUGCAGAGCUGCCUUGGCAGGGACAGCGCUCGGCUGGCUCAGGGGGAGCUGCAGCAGCUCUGGGGCUGUGCAGGGUGUCCCCAAGGCAGCGGUGGCAGCAGCAAGGCCUGGGGGACGAGCAGCUGCUGCAGCUGUUUCCUGCCUGGCCAGCAGCCCUUGGCCACGUCACUGCAGGCAGGAGCUGGCUGGGGAAUGCAGCGAGGAGUCACGGCAGGAAUUCUGGCCAUCGGAGGAAUGCGAGGAGCUGCGUGUCUGUCUAGGUCAUGGGCUCAGGGUGUUCCUGGGCAGGCUCUCGGUGUGUUGGGUUGUUUGUUGCUGGGCAGAGCAAAGGAUGCCUUUGUUUGGCCUUUUGUUUGGUAGUGGCAGGUUUGGAGCUCUGCAGGAACUCGUGCAGCGGAGCCUUUCGGGGUGGCUCUGCCUGUGCUGGGUUCUCACUGAGCAGGCAGAGCCUCUGUGGUGGCAUUUAAAGGAAAACUCCGAGGGAAGUGGGGUCAGUGGCUGCUCUAGGUAAUGGGCUUUCUUCCAGUGAUGUCAAAAUCUGGCACUAUUACAACUUAGUUACUUUUCAGAUGACACGUUAGACCAAGGUUCUAAAAAAAGUUUCUGUAUCUCUUUCUACUUUUUCUGAUAAUUUUUUUUUAAUUCAUCUUAUCUUCCUAAAGUUGCUGCUGAGUUUCCCUUGGGUCCCUUAUUUUCUAAAUUACAUUUUAAAUGGCUUUUAAUUAAAAGCUCUCACUCAGGUCCCACCCAGUGGCUAUUGGAUAUAUCCUAUUGAUACAUCCCAGUAAUUCAUCAUUAUUGGCACCAAGUUGGGGACACUGAGCAGUAGGUGGUGUGAAUGUGAUAACACCACAAUUAUUUGGUUACACAAAGACAAUUUCCCCCUAAUUAAAACAUUUGCUGUUGCAUGUUUCUUGCAUGCAUUUAGCCACUAUUUGUGAUUUUUCCUUGGCAGUAGUUGGGAUGAGUGAGCUGUAACUUCUGCCCUGUGGACUCAGUUGAGUUUAGCAACGCUACAAACUUAAGCCAGGCUUCUUUGAGCCUGGAUUUGCAAGGGAGGGAUGGAACAGGUCACUGGUGCAUGGCCAGCCUUGCCCUGUGGCUGGACAGAUUCAUUCCCAACCAUGAUGGUAUCUGUUAAGUUUUUUUCCUGUGGGUAGUAUUUGGAAAUGUCAUUAAGAGAUUCAGAGAGAUAACUUCAAGAUAGCAAUUCUUAAAAGUCCUCUGGGAGCAGAGAUUAACAAAAUACCUCUUGAUGUGAGAUACUGGAAAAGAAUGGGACUCAAAUGUCACCAGGGUGUCAGGAGGGGCUGACACUCAGGACAUGGGGACGUGCAGCACAACAUGUUUCAGAACAUGACCAAAACACUGCUUUAAAAUUAUUCUGUUGCUAUAGUUGUAGGUGGUUGUGUCUUCAGAAAUUUUCUAAGCCAAGGUCUUCCAUUCCAGCUUUCACAGUUUGGAGUUUGAUGUCAUUAAUUUACUGGGCUUUCUAAAAACGCUGCUUGUUUGAAGCACCUCUGUCCUCUCUGUAACUGUCGCAGCCAUGGGAAGGUGGAUCGAGGCAGAAUUUCCUGGGCUGUGUGAGGCUGAGGAAAGUCCCCGAGAGUCUGAGUUAGUUCAGAGGAGACUCUGGCAGAGUGAGGGCUUGGUAGAGCAAGACCAGUCUCAGUGGAGCCAGCUGGGCAAGAGAAUAAACAGUGCAGACUCUGGAGGUGAUGCAGGUCUGCCUCACCUCUAGCACUGCUAAUGCCUUGUAGCUGAAUUUGGAUAACUUGUCCAGGAGUGGUUACUGGAAUUCAUUUGCCGCAAUUUUUGGAUGCCCGUCUUGGGAUGCUUGAGCCAGGGUUUGAUGGUGUCUUAAACUGGGUUUCAAAGUUCUGAGAGAAGGCUGAUAUCAAAUGUAAAGACAAUCGUACAUUAAGCAUGUAUUUUUAAAACUUACCUGUGUAAAAGAGGAUUAAAUAAAUCUGUUCUUCACUUUUAACUGCUCUCUGUUCCAGUUUGGCUCUUUCUUGCAGGUAUGUUCUGGGCUUUGUGUAACAAAUCAGCUGAAAUAGAGAGGAAUCACCAAAGAGCUUUGUUAUUCUGAUGGAAAAGAAACAACAGAAAAGGAAAUGUUAUUUGAAUGCUCCCUUUAAAAGGAGUUUCUGGUUUUGAGGCUUGUGCUGUUUGUUACCCAUCUGAGUGCCAGAAGCUUGACUUUGUCUCACAGUAAGUGAUCCCAAAGGGGUUCAGAUCCAUGCUCAGCCUGGGUCAGCACAGCUGGAACUGGGGCUAAUAGAGCUCAGCAGCCCAGGCUGAGAGUGGCAGGAAAUGUUGGCUGUGUCCUCCCAGGCCUGCACUGACACAGUUCCUGUCCCCAGGAGCCGAAGUUUUGCGUUCAUUUGGUGUGCCUUGACUUUGGUAAUGGAACAGAAUUAAGAAGCAAAUGGGAGAUAUGAAGGGGCAGAAGAAGAGGAACCUGGAGGAGAGCCAGGAAAAACAGCUGGAUGGAGCCUGGCUGGACCAGAGCUGCCCCAGUUCGGGAGCUUUCCCAGCAGAGGUGCUUGUGCUUGUGUCAGGAUAUGGAACAGGACAUGCUGGAGCAGCCAGGACAGUGCCAGUAACUCCUCACAGCCUGUGAUGAAGAAAAAUUACAUCAACUUCACUCCAGGUAUGUCAGGGAAAGCAAGGGAAAAGCCUUUGUGGUGCUGCUUGAACACACACACACUUUCUUCUGGGGAAGUUGAUAAGCUGACAUUUUCUGUAGCCUUAGCAGGAGCCCAGGAAUUCAUCCCUUGGAAGAAAAAAGGAAAAGCCCUUGCUUUGAUCUAUAAGUAUUGUUAGUUCUUUCCACUAUUUUCAUCUCUGCUUCCCCCCUCAAAAAAAAGGUAAGUGAAUAUUGGAACAUGGCAGUGAGAGCAAAGGUUUAGGCUUAGGCUGAGAAAUCUCUUUUUAAAACUAGUUGAAUCAGUUUUUUCCUCUGAAAGCAAAAUAAAAAAACCCUGUAUUUUUUAUACUUCCUUUUAACUACCCAGAACUACUACAACCUCAGUGGUAUCUUGUGUAUGUUUUAACACACAAGCCAGAUGUCAUUAACACAGCUCGACCCACAGUAUUUUACUAUUUCAGGAAGCAGGAGAUCAGAGCUUUGAGUUUUCCUGGAUUAGAAAAGGUAUCCUUGAUUCCCCACGAUAGCAGACGCUCUCAGAAGGGCUCUGUGUGCAGAGUAUUUCCCCAAACUGAGUAAACAGUUUUAAGAUAAGCAGCUUUUUGACUAUUAAAUGUAGCAGGCAUUUGGCUGACACAGCUUCGUGUUGACAGAUGCCUUUGUGUCUCUUUGUGAUGGAGAGAAGACAGAUGUUCUCCCUGGCAUUUAAGAAAGCUGCUGCUUAGCAAAAUAAAAUGUAAAAUUAGACUGAACAGUGCAGCAGUGAGCAGUGAAACUGGCUGGGCUGCAAGCAAGAGGAGAUUGAAAGGGUCUCAUGUGACUGCAGUGAAAUGUGCUCUUGUGGAAGUCAGUAACUGCUUUGUCAUUAUGUGAAAUUAGCCUGUGGAAAAAGAAAUUCUGUUUUUUCCAGCUCUGCCACAAUAUAAAUGCAUGCCAGUGUGAAUAUCCAUGUAUAACUAAUCCCAUGCCAACCAUUCCCAGCAGAGAGGAAUGUCCCUGGCUAUUGCUGCCCAAGUGACACAGCAAUUAGCAGCUCUAAACCCCUGAGCCUGCCCAUUGUCGUCUGCUGAACUGGGCUCCUGAGCUUCACAAAGGAAAAUAGGAGAAUUUCCUAUUUCGUGUUCCUCAGGGAUGGGUGCUGCUGUUGGAUGGGGAUGGAGCCUUCAGCAGGACACUGUCCACAAGGAAGGGGCAGCUCAAGGAGGAGCCUGUACUGGGAAUGCUCUGGUGUUUGGCACUGCUCCCACUGUGAGUAACUGCAGCUUAAAAAGAAGCAAUUAAAUUAUUUUGGCUGUCUUACACCCAAGAAAGCUCUUGAGGUAGCUGUUCAGAGAGGGGCAGAAUGUUCCCAUUUAAAGAGAGGGUAAAAAAUUAUUAAAUUGAUAUAGUUUUUAGCAAAGGCCCUUCAGGGAUAGAAUGUGCUUUAUCAUACCUUGUAAUCCAGCUGUGGAAUCAGUCUGCUAAGGGAAGAGAGCUGGAGACCUGGGAACAUACCUGGGGCUGUGUCCAUGCCAGAGGACACGGAUCAGGAGGAUGCAGAGGGGUUUAAAUUUCAAGAAGGAUCUAAAGAUAGUGUGAACAUUCCCCUGGGCCAAGCCUAAGUGUGCCAGCUCUCGGGAGUGCACAAAUAACACUGGAAAUGCUCCUGGAUGGGUCUUGCCCGGGUGUCACGUUAAGAACAUGAGCUGGUGGCAGUGUUUGGAUACUGGAGAAGUCUCCAUUCACAGGGAUCAUCCCGAGCCUGAGCAGUGCCACUCCCAGGCUGCUGAGGUUCCUUUAGCCCAGCUGGGCAGGUCAGUGGUCACUGUCCAGUGCCAGCACUCCGUGAGGACACAGCCAUCGUGCCCAGGUGCCCACACACAGCUGUGACCUGUUGUACCACUCUAGGUCACACCAGCACUGCCCAGCUCUCUCUGGCCUCUGGAUAGAUUUGUCUGCAAAGGUAAUUUUCACAACCAAUCCAGCCUGAAGUGGAUCAGAACUGCAUUCUGGAGAGGGCACUCCUGACCUCUGCACAGAGCCCAGCUCAGUGCUGAUGAUGUCAGGUCUGCUUUCUGAAACUGAAACAAUGGUUGGAUUGAAAUUAUUAAAACUAAUGGUCGUGCCUAGGGAUGAGAUUACAAAUGCACAGCUGGGUUUGCCUCUAAUUUAGGUCUCAGAAAAAGAUGCCAUUACAAAUACUGGAGGGCUUAAUGAAAUGUGUGUCUGGGCUGGUUUCUCCAGGCCACGGUGCCACCCCCCUGUGCAGGAUUACUGCUUGUGCCAGUUAGAAAAACCCUUUUACCAUGCAGAAAAUGGAGUUUGCUGUAAGUUACUGGCCUGGAAGACAGCGAUGUUCCUGGCCUGUGCCGUGGAGCCCCCAAAACGUUGGUGAAGGGAUGUUUUCCCUUUUUCCUGAAGGGAAAGCAGCUCCCCUCAGAGCACAGCCUGUGAGGCCUGUGGGGUGUGUUGUCCUUGGCCUCCCUCCCACACACCCUCACAACAUGGAUUUGGGCCUCUUUCCAUGGGUUUUGGAGAGGAAUGUGUUUCAGAUGUGUUAAACCAAUCCUCCUGGAAGUGUUCUCAUGGAAUCUCCCUCACGCCGAGCCCAGCCAUGCCAGGCCUGCCGUGUUUUCAAACCCUUCAUGCCCUGCUGAGCCAGCAGCAACUUCGUGUCUCCUUCCUUUUAGAGGCUCCUUUUUUUGCACUUUGGAGCCCCUUCUAAUGCACUGAGUGUUGAAAGUUCUCUGCAGGUUCUUGCCUGGUUCACUGGGCUUUCUCAAACUCAGGUAAUUACAACUACUUUUUUAAGGAUUAACCAUCUCCAGUGCCAUUGGAAUGCUGCUCACCCAGAACAGAGGACAAAAUACAGCUGUGCUCUCCAGGCAGGGAUUCCCGUUCUCUAGGUGACACUUGAAGAAGCUGGGGGACAAACAAAAUGCCAGAAAACUGGUCUUUUCAUGACCAGAAAUGCAGAAGCAGCUGGUGUUUUCCACACCAGUCCCUGUCCAGGUGAGCUCCUCAAGGCCCAGCACGGCUGCUGGGGCAGCCACAGCAUUUUCUAUUCCUGUAAAGGGUUUGUUGACAAACUCUUGUAGGGAAACCCCCCCUGAACCCCAGGCUGAGGCUGUGGCAGCCCCAUCAGUGGGGUUAUGGUCCUAAAAAAGGAAGGAAAGCAGGAUGUGGCCAGAAGUUUGUUCCUGCCUCCAGCUCACGAAGCACAGACACCAAUUCCUCUCCCACCAGGCCAUACAGAAGCUUAGGAACACACCUGUGAUUUAAGAGCACUUUAUUGUUCUUUAAGGCUACUUUUAAGUACAAAAAAAAAAGAUGGCCUGCCAAACCUUUUUUUUUUUUUUUUUUUUUCCAGGUGAAACAAGGCCACAAAAGAAUGGUAUAUUACAGAUUUACAAACACAGAGAGAAUCUUUCAAACUGAACUGUAGAUAACCUGGCUCUGUGAAGAAACUUCACCACGUCUCGUGAUGGUGAGUUCAGUUAAGUGUCCUUCCACCUCCCCCCAACCCUUUGGCUUUUGUGACAUUGUUGUGUCCAGUACCUGUUUUACUGGACAUAGCACAUUAAGUCUUUAUUGCCCUCAAAUCCAUUUACCUAUCUCAGAUAAGUAAAUGUAACCUUGUAAAACAGCUAUUAUUGAAAAUAUUAGCUUUAAAAACAUUAUCUUAUUUGUGUUUACAAAGAAAUAGAGGAGUCACAUUUUCCACAGAGUCCAUCUACAGUAUUAGUAUUGACUGUUAUACUGCUCAGUAGCCUGUAGCAAUAACAAACAAGUGGCUAUUAAUGCUAAUGCAGUGUCCUCAUAGAAUAACUGUGUUCCUGCACUUUUACUGUAUUACAGACAAAUCUACAACAACAAAAAAAAAAAAGAUCAACUUUUUUCUCCAAAAAAAAAAAAAAAAAAAAAAAAAAAAGAAUGAUUACAAUAAAGGAAAGGGAAAAAUUAAAUAGCUACAUAUCAUUAACAAAUUAAUUGUUCCUCAAAAAAUACCUACAAAUUUCUCUGUACAUUCUUUACGCACAGCGUAACGAUGGUCUUAAAGUUACCUAUAUAAAAAAGUGUUCUUUUAACAAUCUUCCUACAGAGAGUAGGGUACUGAAUGCCAAAGCAAGGAAGCGUUGACUACCCAGUAAGAUGGUAGUGAAAUGUGUAAAACUGGGGGGCUUAGGUGUUGGGUUGGUUUUUUUUGUGGGUUUUUUUUCAUUUUUUUAAAGAAAACUGAGCAGCCACCUUCUCACCAAGAGUAAGAGCCAAUCUCCCGAUCUCUUUCUACCCUGCACCUUUUCCAAAUUAAAUAGCUUAACUUUAAAAAAAAAAA